AUGUUCUCUUUUGGCAUGGACACCACUGGACCUCUGCAGAUCUGCAUCUGGAAGGAUCAUCAUCUGUAUGCCAGAAGCGAUGUCGCGAGCAAUUCCAUGUCAUUAACAAAGUUAUCCAAGUUGUGGUCAUUUGCUUGUUCCUUAACUUUAAGUUUAGAAGGUGAUGAUAUUUAUUUCACUUACAGUGCCUCAGAAAACUCGGCAAUAUUAAGGGUCACGCUAGACCCGGAUGGCCGAAUAGAGUUGUUGCGAUGGCUGGAUAAAAACAAUAAAUGGCUUUCUGUAUGGCAGUGGCCAUUAAAUUGCUGUGAGUUUUAUGGUCGUUGCAGUCCAUUUAGCAGUUGCGAUCCAAAAGGAUCUCAGGAUCAUUGCAAAUGUCUGACAGGUUUCCAGCCAAAAGUUCAGCAAGAGUGGGAUAGGAGGAAUCGGACCAGUGGCACCUGUCUAAGGCAAAGGGCUUUGAGAUGUGACAAGGAUGAUGGGUUCUCAAAGUUUGUGAAUAUCAAAUUACCAGAUCAUUCAUAUCUAUUGGGAAAUAUGAGUGCCAACGAUUGUGAAUCCAGAUGUCUACGGAACUGCUCUUGCACAGCUUAUGCAUAUUUCAACGCGAGUGAAGGAACUUCAGGACGAUGCCUGAACUGGUAUGGGGAUUUGAUGGAUCUUGUACAGGUCACUGCUGGACCAGAUCUUCACGUUCGUAUUCAUGACCGACAACUGGUUGGAAAUGUGAAAAGUAGGGAUAAAUUUACACACAAAAACAAGCGCUCGAUUAUAAUUGCAGUAGCUGCAGUUUCUGUUGGCCUUCUUGGUAUUCUAUGUGGCUAUAUCAUCUGGAGAAGAUGCUUUCAAAAAGAAGGUAUUUUCCGUAAACUUUCGCAACACACACACACUCCGUACAAAGAAGAUGCUUGUUAG